AUGCCCAAGAAGCGCACGGGGAAAGCCCUACUCAUCAAACCCGGCUCGCCUGCGACGAUAGCAUCGUCCUCGCGCGACCCUACCGCUCAUAAUGAUUCGCGCCCCUCGGUCAACGACCUCAUUCGAGAGUCGCGUCGUCUGCAGAUUCGAGACCAGUCAGUGCCUGUGCCCAAUACCCCCGUGACUUCCUCGGUGCAUCCUCAAGUGCGAGAAGCCCUGAGUCUGCCCGCUCCGACGGGUCCACCUCCCCGUAUUGGCCUUCGACGGUCGCGGGCCACGCCCACUCCCACGAGCGAUCGCGGUCCUACGCGCCUUCGGACUGUGCCUGGUCCGCCACCACCGAGGAGUUGGCUAAUAAACAGCAGGCAUGCCUCUGCGUCGGCAAGUCACGAUGCGUUCCAAUCGAUGCGCGCACUCGAUGCUCCAGCUGUGUUACCGGGAGCAGCCUUCCCACCGCCUGGAUCCCUACAGGACUACGCCCUGAAAGAGAUGGCGAUUAAUUGGGACUGGCACGUCGAAUAUGAUGCCCUGUACCUCACCGAACUACCUACCAAACUCAAGGAAAGCCUGCUGUCGUAUCUGGCUGUCUACAACGACAAUGUACAGAUCAAUCCUGUGCGGAUGCUUUUCCUCGCGGCAGAAGCAGACGUUGACGAUCGGCGAGAAGUCGCCAGACUUGACAUUUCCCACGGACUAGGCUCCUGGGUGCAGCACAGGUCUCUUGAGAAAGACCUGCUCCACUCAGAGCCAGCAAUCCAGCCGGUACAGAUCGUGACAGCAGCCGAAGAAGUCCCCGACGCCUGGGAUGCGCUUGAUUCUACGGCACCAAGCAUUCCUACGACUCUCCCUACACCCCUUACCUUUCCAAACCUGACUCAUCUUUCUCUGGCACUGUCCCCCACUUCGCCAGCGGCUUCGUGGAAAUCUCUCCUGCGUCUAUGCACCCACCUUCCCACGCUCUCAUCGCUGUCCCUCGCUCAUUGGCCCAUGCCCACAUACACCCCUAUCGCGGCGAGUACCCGGGUUACCGUGACCAAUUCGACGACAGGGUCCAACCCAUCCACCUCGUCUCCCCGAAUCGUCUAUGGAGGCACCAACAUGUAUAGCCAACUGGACAACGACUGGCGGGAAGCGGCGGGUAUUUUACGUUCGUUGAGCCGGAAACUGACUGGGUUGAAGUGGUUGGAUCUGUCCGGCUGUGGACAAUGGUGGGAUGCUUUGAUGUGGCGGCAGCUGCAUGGUCAACCACUGGGUACCACCCUACUGAGCGCUGGCCUCUCUGAGGGGAACACCCCAGACGAAUACGACCCUUACUCUGAAUCCCAGCUGGACACGCUAAUGGGGCCACGGCCAGACUGGAACGGUGCAUGGCGUGGCAUCAGCACGAUCGUGCUGAAGAUCGGAUGGACACCAGUGAAGCCUCCCAGGGUCGAUGAGGAAACCGGGGAACCUGGGACCGAGAACUUCAGCGGAUCCCUGGUCAGGAAGAAGGCCGCAUGGGCGAGGGAGCAGAGGACGUUCGAUGAGCUGAGACAGCGGCAGCGGGACGUGAUGGCAGGCUUGAGGGCGGUAAGACGAGAGGGCGGUGGUGGAUGGAUUGAUAUCGAGGUAUAG